AUGCCAAAGCCAGCAGGAGGAACAGGCGUUUCAGUGGCAAUUAGGAAGAGAUCCAGAGUGCCUGGUGUUAUGGUCACACAGUACGUUGAAGAACUGCCACCUGGAUCUACUACUCCUGAUUUCAUCCGAAAACCCAUAGCCUUAACUAUACAGGAAGGCAAACUGGCCUAUUUCAAAGCUGUUGUGAGUGGAUAUCCAGUACCAGAUGUUUCAUGGGCACGUAACAAGGGCGAUAUUUCUAAUUCAACAAAAUAUGUUUCACGAUUUGAUGAGAAGAAUGAAGAAUAUAUUCUGGAGAUACCAAAUGUAGAUUCGGAUCAAGCAGACACAUACAAAUGUUUUGCUAUAAAUCCAUUUGGAAAGGCGGUUUGUACUGCUGCACUGAAUGUCAUUGAGGUUGGAUUCAAGAAAAGAGCGCCAGCCCCCAAAAGUGACCCUGAUGAGUUCAGAAAAAUGCUAAAGAAAACGGUUGCGAAGAGGAAAGAAAAACAAUGGAAAGAAGGAGAAAUCGAUCCAAGGUUCUGGGAGGUGUUACUGAGUGCACCCAAGAAAGAUUAUGAACGGAUUUGUCAGGAAUUUGGUGUCACUGACUUCAGGUGGAUGCUGAGAAAACUUAACCAGAAGAAAAAGGAAAGAGAGGCAGAACAGUCCAAGUAUGUUGAGAAAAUCCACAGCUUGAAACAGAUCGAGGUUAAAACGGAUGGUACAGCGGAAUUUGAACUCGACAUGAAGUUAAAGGAUCUUAACAGCAAAAUCCUUCUCUUCAAAGAUGGGGAAAUGCUUGACUAUGGAGAUGGAACCAAUGAGGCCACAAAACAUAAUAUGCAGAAAUUUGGUGAAACAUACUUGUUCAGCAUUAGGGAUGUUAGCCCAGAAGAUGCUGGGAUUUAUCAAGUGGAUGUAGAGGAGGUGAACAUGUUCUCAACUUCCCUAGUGUUGCCUGAUGUGGAGUUUAAUACCACACUGAAAGACACUAAAGUGAUUGAGGGGCGGGAUGCAGUGUUUGAAUGUGCAUUAUCGGACCCUGUACCCCAAAUCACCUGGUGUGCCAAUGACAUCUCUGUUGAGCAUGGGAAAAAAUAUAACAUUACAGUGUCAGAAGACAAGCAUGUCCACAAACUAGCAGUGAAAAACUGUACAGAAGAGGACAAGGGAGUUUAUACUGCUAUUGCUGGGCUCAGGUCAAGCCAGGGGACUCUGAAUGUGGAAGAGGAUCCCAGUGCCAGCGGGAAAGAUGAUGGUGCAGAUGAACUAGUCAGACGUUUAGCAGCGGAGAAAGCCAGACUGCGGAAGGAAAAGGACGAGGUGGCCAGGAAGGCCCAGGCUGAAAAAGAUGAAGCGGCCAGGAGGGCCCAGGCUGAAAAAGAUAAAGCGGCCAGGAGGGAGCAGGACUGCGGAAGGAAAAGGACGAGAAGGGCCCAGGCUGAAAGAGAUGAAGGGGCCAGGAGGGCCCAGGCUGAAAGAGAUGACAUGGUGAAGAAGGGACAGGCUGAAAGAGAUGAAGCGGCCAGGAGGGCCCAGGCUGAAAGAGAAGAAGCGGCCAGGAGGGCCCAGGCUGAAAGAGAGGACAUGAGGGCCCAGGCUGAAAGAGAGGACAUGGUGAGAAAGGCCCAGGCUGAAAGAGAUGACAUGGUGAAGGAGGAGAAGGCUGAAAAGGAUGAAGCAGCCAGGAAGGCCCAGGCUGAAAAGGAUGAAGCAGCCAGGAAGGCCCAGGCUGAAAGAGAUGACAUGGUGAGAAAGGCCCAGGCUGAAAGAGAUGACAUGGUGAGGAAGGCCCAGGCUGAAAAAGAUGAAGCGGCCAGGAGGGCCCAGGCUGAAAAGGAUGAAGCAGCCAGGAGGGCCCAGGCUGAAAUAGAUGACAUGCUGAGGAAGGCCCAGGCUGAAAAAGAUGAAGCGGCCAGGAGGGCCCAGGCUGAAAGAGAUGAAGCGGCCAGGAGGGCCCAGGCUGAAAGAGAUGACAUGGUGAAGAAGGCCCAGGCUGAAAAAGAUGAAGCGGCCAGGAGAGCCCAGGCUGAAAAGGAUGAAGCAGCCAGGAAGGCCCAGGCUGAAAGAGAUGACAUGGUGAGAAAGGCCCAGGCUGAAAAAGAUGAAGCGGCCAUGAGGGCCCAGGCUGAAAAGGAUGAAGGGGCCAGGAGGGCCCAGGCUGAAAGAGAUGACAUGGUGAAAAAGGCCCAGGCUGAAAAAGAUGAAGCAGCCAGGAGGGCCCAGGCUGAAAGAGAUGACACGGUGAAGAAGGCCCAGGCUGAAAAAGAUGAAGCGGCCAGGAGAGCCCAGGCUGAAAAGGAUGAAGCAGCCAGGAAGGCCCAGGCUGAAAGAGUUGAGGCAGCUAGGAGGGCACAGGCAGAACGAGAUGAGGCAGCCAGGAGGGCAAAGGCCGAGCGAGAUGAGGCAGCCAGAAAAGCUCGGGAAGAACAAGAUGAGGCAGCCAGGAGGGACCAAGCUGAAAGAGAGGAGGCAGCCCGUAAAGCCCAGGCUGAAAAAGAUGAGGCAGCCCAUAUAACCCAAGCUGAAAGAGAUGAGGCAGCCAGGAAGGCGAAGGCCGAGAAAGAAGCUGCUGAAAGGAUGGCAGCUAUGGCAGCAGGAAAAGGCCUGGGAAGUGGAAGUGAGGGUGAUAAAACAGGGAAGAAUGGAAAAGGAGGAGAUGGUAUCUUGGUGAAUGGGUUAGGAGAUGGAAGUGGAAAUCAUGAAAAAGGUGAUGGAUUGGAUUUAGAUGGAUCAGGUGGAGAUGGGUCAGGUGAUAAGUGUAAGAAGCGUACAAGAGUCAGCGAGCUGAUUCCUAACAACAUCACAGACCAUGGAGUCCACUUCCUGAACGGGUUGUCAGAUGCUGCAGCCAAUGUUGGAGAAUCAGCAGAGUUGUCCUGCAAACUUAGCAGUGAAGAUAGCAAUGGAUUAUGGUACAAAGACGGAAAAAAGUUGGAGUCUAACGAUGGAAUUACAAUUGUCAAAGAUGGGGCUCACCACAGGCUAAUCAUCCAUGACUGCCAAGAAAGAGAUGCUGGAAAAUAUAAGUUUGAGGCAGAAGGACGUAAAUCAGAGGCUGCAUUAAAUGUUAAGGAUCCACCAAAAAUUGAUGCAGAUGCCUUGAGUAAAUUCUCAAAGCCUGUUAUUGUCAAAGCAGGAGAAAAUGCUUCCUUCAAACUACCAUUUUCAGGCAAAGAACCAAUUAAGAUUCAGUGGUUUAAAGAGGAUGAAGAGUUGCUGGAGGGUCACGGUGUCAGGAUCGAAAAGUCUUCCACUGAUAGCCGUAUACUUCUUAAUAAGUGUCAGCGCAAAGACACUGGAGAGAUAAAAAUCAAAAUCAAGAAUGAGUUUGCCACUGUAGAGGCAACUUCAAAACUUACAGUACUUGACAGGCCAACUCCACCACAAGGACCUGUAGAAAUUGUAGAAAGCUCCUUGUCUGUUAUUGCGUUUAAAUGGAGACCCCCAAAGGAUGAUGGUGGUUGUCCAGUGACUAAUUACAACCUGGAGCGACAGCAGCUGGGACGGAACACCUGGACUAAAAUCGGAGACAUUCCUGGACAGCCUAGCUACAGAGACACAAACUUAGACCGAGGCCGAAAGUACUGCUACAGAAUCCGGGCAAAAAAUGUGGAGGGUUUCAGUGAAUCCUUGACAACUAAUGAUAUUGCUGCUGGCACUUUGGCAUUCCCUGGCUCUCCUGCUCCUCCUAAAAUAGUCAGUGCCUUUAAAGACUGCAUUAACUUGGCCUGGCUUCCUCCCUCCAGCACUAGAGGGGGCAGUAUCAUUGGAUAUAAUGUGGAAAAACGCAAAAAAGGUAGCAAUUUUUGGAGUCAAGCAAACCCAAAAAAUGAUCCAAUCAGAGACAAAAAAUAUGCAGUAAAAGAUGUAAUCGAAGGUGUGGAGUAUGAGUUCAGAGUGAGCGCUAUUAACACUUGCGGGCCUGGGGAACCAAGUGGGCCGUCUGAAUGUACAAUUGCAAGGGACCCCAAAAAGUCUCCUGGUAAGAUCAAAGACCUCAAAAUAACUGGAUCGAGCUACAGCAGUCUGUCUCUUUCCUGGACUAAACCUAAGGAAGUCAAAGGUGAGGAAGAUGAAGCAAAAGGCUAUUUUGUGGAAAUCAGACCCACAGACCAACUUGAGUGGAGCCGUUGCAAUACAAACGCAGUGAUUCAGACUUCCUUCACUGUUGUGGGAUUGAAGUCAAUGGCCAUGUAUUGGGUUAGAGUGAUUGCCGUCAAUGAAGGAGGAGAGGGGCUUCCACAGAGCUUUGACAAUUACAUCAUUGCCAUGCCUCCUCCAGUAAAGCCAAAGUUCACUGACAAAAAGAUGAAAAGUUUCAUGGUUGUUAAAGCUGGAAACACUGUUCGUGUCAGUGUCAGUUUUGAGGCCUCUCCUUUACCAGACAUAACAUGGCUAAAGGAUGGUGUUCCUGUAGCCAAACAUGUGACAAUUAAUAAUUUUGAAAAAGGUUCUCAGCUAUUUAUUUACACCUCAGAGCUGUCUGACACUGGUGUUUAUACUGUCAAUGUGAAGAAUAUGGUGGGCCAGGACACCUUCACUAUUGAAAUAAGAGUCACUGAUGAUCCCAAGCCUCCAGGUCCCGUAGAACUGGAACAGCAUGUCCAAGGCACUGUGACUCUGUCAUGGACUUCUUCUCCAGAUGAGAAACAAGACAGCCAUCUACAUUACAUGGUGAUGAAGCGGGACUCUGUCAAGCAAACAUGGCUUACACUGGUUGACUGCUUGUUCAACAACAAAUUCACAGUCAUUAACAUCUUGCCUGGAAGAGAGUACAAUUUCAGGGUGUUUGCCAAGAAUGAUAUAGGCCUCUCAGAGCCCUCAGUGUCUCCAGUUUGGGGAACCACCAAAGAAAGAGAAAAAUUCACAUAUAGCAUGCCUGUAUCAAAGACCCUUGACUUUCAGGCAUCCCCGAAAUUUAUUGUCCCUUUGAAACGUCAUGCUGCUCCGCCAGGUUAUGAGUGCUAUAUGAGCUGUGCUGUGACGGGCAACCCAACCCCACAUAUUACCUGGUACCAUAAUAAUGUCAGCCUCAACACAAACCCCAACUACUACAUCACAAAUGUGUGUGGUGUUUGUUCACUGCUCAUCCUGAGGGUUGGACCCAAAGACAUGGGAGAGUACAAGGUUGUAGCCGAAAGCCCUCUUGGUUAUGAUGAGUGCUCCACCAAACUUAUAGUCAAAGAGUAA